AUGGAAAACAUAGCAAAAGUUUGUUCAAGACUUAUCUUCCUGUCAGUCAUUUGCCUGUUCUUUGCUCAAGCCAUUAUUGCUGAUAAGCCAGACUUCAAAUAUAGUUUUGGGUGUUUAGACAAGGGUGACUAUACCAGUAAUAGUACCUACAAAGGAAACCUCAAUCAUCUCCUCUCCACCCUCACUUCCAACACUGAAAUUGACUAUGGGUUCUACAACUCUUCUUAUGGCCGAGACCCUGACAAAGUAUAUGCAAUUGGACUUUGUCGAGGAGAUGUUAAGCCAGAUGAGUGCCGUAGUUGCCUCUAUAACACUACAAAUUUUCUCAUACAGCAUUGUCCCAAUCAGAAGGAAGCAAUGAGACAGGAUGAGUAUUGCAUAUUACGGUACUCGUUCUGCAACAUAUUUGGGAUCAUGGACGAUGAUCCUGUUUACACUCAACAUAAUGUUAAUGAUCAAUCUGGCAAUUUGGAUACUUAUAAUCAGGACCUCAGGACCCUGUUGGAUGGCCUAAGAAAUCAAGCUGCAGCAGGUGGUUCUCUUCGAAAGUUCGCAGAAGCAAAAUCUACAGGAAUAAACAACAAAACACAAUAUACACUUGUGCAAUGCAUACCUGAUUUGUCUCAAACAGAUUGCAGUGAUUGCUUGCUUUCGGCAUUUGGACAGAUUCCUCUUUGUUGUGAUGGCAAGAUAGGUGCGGUAAUUUUUACACCCAGCUGUAAUUUUCGGUAUGAGGAGUACACCUUCUUUGGCCCCGUAGCUGAUGUUGCACCACCAUCGACCAAUACCUCCGUAGCUGAUAUUGCACCACCAUCAAUCAAUACCUCUGCUGCAAAAGGAAAUGAUGGUAACAAUUCUCAAACGGUAAUCAUAGUUGGGUCCAUUAUUGCUUUUGUAGUAGUAGUGGUACUAAUAAUAAUCUCCUGCAUCUACCUAAGAGUUCGGAAGCCAAGGGAGAAAUCAGAAAGCCAAGCAGCGGAGGAGAUUGGAAAUGCGGAAUCCUUGCAGUUAGACUUUAAAACUAUUAAAGUAGCAACAGAUGACUUUUCUAAUGCAAAUAAGAUUGGAAAAGGUAGAUUUGGUGUUGUUUACAAGGGUAAACUCUCCAAUGAACAAGUUAUUGCUGUGAAAAAGCUUUCAAAAAAUUCAGGACAAGGAGAUCUUGAAUUUAAGAAUGAAGUUUUGUUAGUGGCCAAGCUUCAACACCGAAAUUUAGUUAGACUCCUAGGAUUUUGCUUGGAAGGAAUUGAAAGGCUUCUAAUUUAUGAGUUUGUGCCCAAUGGAAGUCUUGAUCACUUCAUUUUUGAUCCAAUAAAACGUGAACAAUUAGAUUGGGCAAGACGCUACAAAAUCAUAGGAGGCAUUGCUCGAGGUCUUCUCUACCUUCAUGAAGAUUCUCGACUUCGUAUUAUUCAUAGGGAUCUCAAAGCAAGCAAUGUCCUAUUAGAUUCUGAAAUGAAUCCAAAAUUUUCAGAUUUUGGUAUGGCAAGAUUGUUUGAACUUGAUCAAAGUGAAGCCAAUACAAGUAGAAUUGUGGGGACCUAGUAAGUUUCAUACUUUUUUUGUAUGACAAUCUAGUAUCUUACAUAGGUAUACUUUAUGUUUACAUUGUACCAAAAGAAACAAC